AUGCAGGCGUCUUCUUCUUCGUCGUCGGUGAUAUCUCCAGAAGACAUUUUGGAAUGUCUGAUGAAUGACGGCACCAUUGAUGCUCUCAGAUUGAAGAUCAUCAAUCAGCUCAAGGCCAAUAGAAACAGACCAAGAGGGAACUAUUUGAUGCACUUCGAUAAGAACUUGAAACUCCUGUGCUCGAGAAUGCUUCGAAAUCGGUGGCAAAGUGACAUGAACAUGAAGAAAGGUGGCGCCGCUAAUGAGGUUGCAAGAAAAUCAGUUGAAGAUCGAUGGAAUAAAUCUCCCCAUUCAAAGACUUUGAACCUUGCUUAG